CCAGUGGAUAUGGUCGUAUGUGCUUAUUAUUACCUGAGUCUAACUUUGGGAUUUGCGCAUUGGAGCACUACCGGGAGUGACAAAUGGAGUAAUACUAAACUGCGGUUUGCGUUGCUAGUGCCCAGAAGGGAUAUUUGCUACCAUCGUACUGCCGUAGGUACCGAAGAUUAGGUACCGCCAGUUUAGAGUUUAGGUGAGCGGUGUCCUCCGCUAGCGAUCCAGUGCCUUGUGCAGGACAACUUCAACUGCGACUGUCCAUUCCCUAUCACACAAUCUGCCAACGGUUGCACUUUUUCCUACACAACCGUAGACAUGGCUUCUGGUCUUCCUAUCGCCACAGUAUACGUACGAAACCUCGAGGAACGUGCAAAAGUCGACCAGCUGAAAGAUGCGCUGCUUCAGAUAUUCUCUGAGUACGGCAACGUUAUCGACAUCGUCGCCAAGACGAAUUUGAAGGCCAAGGGCCAGGCCUUUGUUGUCUUUGAUGACCCCGAGGCCGCGCGUAAAGCCAUCGAGGAGGUACAGGGUUUUGAACUGUUUGAGAAGCCUAUGCAGCUCUCCCUCGCCCGCACUAGAAGUGAUGCGACCGUCAAGGCGAGUGGCAAUGAUGAAGAGUUUGAGCUUCACAAACGCCGUCGUCUAGCCGAAAAAGACAAGAAAAAGGCCUACGAGGCCGCCGAAGAGCAGAAGCGUCUCAAGAGACCCGGUCCAGGCGCUGCUACCACAUCCGACAACCGUCCUACCAAGGCCGCUCGCGGUGCCGGCCUCAAGUCCACGAACCCCUCUACAACAGCUGUCAUUCCCGACGAGUACCUCCCCCCGAACAAAAUCCUCUUUGUGCAGAACUUGCCAGAAGAUUACGACAUUGAUGCUGUUACAAGCAUAUUUGGUCGUUUUGAAGGUUUCCGUGAAGUCAGAUUGGUACCAGGUCGCCGGGGCAUUGCGUUCGUCGAGUACGACGGCGAACAAGGGGCCAUCACGGCAAAGGAGAACACUGCAGGCAUGGUUCUUGGAGACACGUACACUAUCAAGGUCACAUACCAGCGGCAAUAGGUCACCCGCUUUCAGAUUGAGGGAGGGCUUCUCUGUUGCGUCGGCGUGUAGGUUAAGAAGGAGGUAUGAAUGCUUCCAAGACAAAGGCGCACCCAGACCAGCUACCCUAAUUAUCAAAACAUGCAUCGCGGCCUCUUUUCUGUACUGGACCGCAUAUUAUGGGGUGCUCAGAAAAUAACAUCGUUGUCCUCUCCUGCCGCAAGAAGGUCAUUUGGCCCAGACGAGUCACCCCUCUCCUCUGUCGCAUUGGCGGCCUUUUUGGCCGUAAUCUCAGCGUCUGCGGCUGCCGUAUCCCUCUGUUUCUUGUUCGCUACCUGCGAUCGGCCGUCAGAAAUUG